AUGCGUGUACCAUUUUGGCAGGCAUGUUCCCUGGCUUGUUCAUUGGUAUGUUUCCUGUGGUUAGUGACAAGCGGCACAAAGAGGAAGGAACAGCACUUCAUUGGGUCAUCCAGGAACGUGGUGAAAAAUGUAAGACGUGGAAAAUAUGAAUCUGUUGCUAAAAGAAGGGGAUAUCGAAUUUUUGGAAUCCCACGAAUGUACAAAUGGCUAACGUCAUACUACCCAACAGUUAGGGAAGAGCUAAUCACAAAUGACGGACAGAAAGAAGUGGACAUAUUUUAUGUAGACAUGAAUGGGGUAAUACAUCACUGCACACAUGCGAACAAGGAGACACUACCUGUGCAUGAUGAACACGAGCUGUUGUCAAAUAUUUUGCAGUACCUAAAAAAUCUCUUCCAUUUAGUAAAACCGAGGAAGUUAGUUUAUGUGGGCGUAGAUGGGGUAUCCCCUAAGGCGAAGAUGAAUCAACAGAGGAAGAGACGCUUCCUUAGCUUAUUUAAGGUGAACGAUAAUUCUAACGGGGCUAAUUUGUUUAACCCUAAUUGUAUCACCACUGGUACAGACUUCAUGUAUAAGAUUAACCUAUCGCUGAACAAGUGGUUCCAGAUUCUGAAAAAAAAGGGGAUCUUCCCCUUCGAUGUGAUCUUCUCGGGGUCGGAUGUGCCUGGCGAGGGCGAGCACAAGAUUCUAAAGUUCAUUCGGGAGAACUGCAAGCGGGACGUCGCCUUCCGAAAUUAUAGUCACUGCAUCUACGGACUGGAUGCGGACCUCAUCAUGCUGUCCCUCGUUACGCACCUCAACAACAUCUUCAUCCUGAGGGACAAGUACAAAAUGACCAACGAUUCGCAGGCCACGCUGCUGGAAAAUUUGGACAAGGCACAGCGGGAUUUCACACAAGCCAAGGAUACAGCGGCCACAAAUGAGGACAACGUGCACAAUACCAAUGAGGGGGGCAACAUGCACGAUAACAAAGAGACGGAUUCCACUGUGAGCACCGAUCCCCCGCAAAGUGAUCCCCUCUGCAGAAUCCACCACUACACAAAGGACUACUACGUCCACUGCGAACCGCUGAACAGUUACGAUUUCGAAAUUUUAGAUGUGUACAAACUACGCAAUUCUAUAAGAACCCAAAUAGCAACCUACAUAAAUAAAUUGAAAAAAGAAAAAAAUGUCGUCUUCAAUAUCGGUCGAGUGGUAGACGAUAUUGUCUUCCUCUCCUUCCUAGUGGGAAAUGACUUCCUCCCCCACAUUCCAAAUAUCGAUAUUAACGAAGGGUCCAUGAAUGAGAUACUUAACGCGUAUAUUUACUACAUAUACAGGUACAACAAUUAUAUAACCCUUAAGGAUAAGGUACACAUACAGAGGCUUAAAAUUAUCCUGAAGAUUUUAAGCGCACAAGAAUUUUCCUACUUUUUAAAGAGAGGAAAUCAGGAAAAUGUUAGGGAGUUCACCGAUGAGGGGAAGUACAAGAGUUACUACUAUAAGCAGAAGUUCGGGGUGGAGGACCCAAAGCAGAUUCAGCACAUUGUGAAGAAGUACAUCGAGGGGUUGUUUUGGAACCUGCACUAUUACCACUUUGGAUGCGCUAGGAGUACCCCUACCACUACGCGCCCCUGUGCAGCGAUUUGCUAUCCUUUGAGAAGUCCGAUUUUUUUUUUCGAAAAGGGAAAGCCCUAUUCGGCCUACACGCACCUCAUCAGCGUGCUGCCCCAGAAGGACAACAACCUCCUGCCCGAGGCGUACAAAAAUAUCUACUCCGAAGACGAGGUGAAGUCCUUCUUCCCAGAGAACGUUCGAAUCGAUCCCAAUGGAAAAAAAGAAACGUGGGAGUACAUCGUGCACCUGCCCUUCAUAAACUGCAACACAAUAAACAAGAUAAUUACGGAGCGCAGUAAAAAGAUUUCCAAGCUCAAAUACAAGUUGAGAGAACUCACCGGACGGGAGCACAGAUACUAA